UUCUUUAACUACACGUGAGAAAAAAAUCUCAUAAACGUGAAACAAUCGGACUUUCACUCGCUUUUUCUUCCCUUUUCGGAGAGAUCAUCUCGAUAAAUUGUAUUUUUUCCAAUAAAUUUGCUUUUUAUCUCGAAGCGGCCGAAAAAUACCCGUUGUUAUCACGCACUACUUUACUACUACGCCUGACCCGCGAACGCGCCAGUCACGUCAGCACUUACUGAGGCGUCACCGCUACCGGGGCAUCGCGGAUGAAGUUUAGCGGGCGGUGCCCGCUAGAGUUGACCCGGGAGCUCUUGGGGCUGAUCAGCAUUAUCAUCGCUUCAUCAUGGCCGACGCGGAGGGUGAGUCCCGUAACCCGAGGCAAGAAGAGAGUCAGCAGCGCUGCUGACAGCCAGCCGGCCCAGAAUCAAGAGCCAGCCAAGAAACAUGCCAAGACUGGAGGCUCCUCAGCCUCGGUCUUCUCGCUGGCGGACCGCACCCAGCUCAUCCACAACAUCCAGGAGCACUCGCCCAAGACGGACAAGCAUUCCUACAAGGUCUGCAUCGCCAAGAUCGACUGGAACAAAGUGCGCUUUGGCGACUUCACCCCCGAAGUCUGCAAGAAGGAGUGGGAUAUCAUCCAAAAUGAGAUCCGUAAAUACCGCACCAUGGCGGAGGUCACGGCCGACGCACUGCAGGUGGUCCAGAAUCCCUUCUCACAUCGCAAACUGGUGCACCCUGACCUCCCCAAGCAACCCCUGACCCCGUUCUUCAUGUUCUACUCGGAGAAGGCCAAGAAGUUCAAGAAGAAGCACCCGGAAAUGCCGCAGUACGAGAUCUCCCGAUCACUGGCGAUCAAAUUCAAGGAACUUCCAGAACACAAAAAGGCCAAAUACAACCAGAAGUAUGGAGACCAGAGGCUGAUGUAUCAGAAAGAGUUGGCCACAUUCUUGGCGGAGCAUCCAGAGUACAAGAAAGACUCCCGGCAUGGAGGGGGCGGGCCCAAGCCUCCAAAGCUGCUCAACCCAUACCAACUCUGGUCCAACAAAAGGUUUGAGGCUCUACAGAGGGACGAUCAUGAGGUGACCCGAGGUCAAAUGGACACCCAGCUGCGGGAGGAAUGGAAGAACAUGCCAGAUAAGAAACGGGUCAAGUGGAUCAACAAGGCGCUUGAGGAACAGACCAAAUAUGGGAAAGAUAUUGAGGAAUACAUAGAGCAGAACCCCAACUUCAAGGUUCCCGAGAUCAAAAAGCCGUUGCUGACCAAGAAAGAAGUGAAACUGAAGGAAGGGAUGGACGGCAAACCCUUCAAACCACCAGCGAAUGCAUACAACCUGUUCUGUUCAGAGAUGCUGAAGCAGAUGGGUCACAUGGGCUCCAACACCAGGGCUAAGAUGAUGGAAUGCAGCGCGUUGUGGUCCGACACGGAAGCCAAGAAAAAGCUGGAUUAUAAGGAUCGUGUUGAGAAGCUGAAAGUCCAAUACAAAAAGGAGCUUGAAAAAUACAUAGAGAGCCUUCCAGUUGAGGAUAGGGAAAAGUAUGCGCCAGAGCUAGAAGCCAUCGAGCGACAGGCAAAGAAGACGCCCAAAGCCUCAAACUCUGCCUCCUCCCGCGUCAAGAAGCCCGUCUCCGCCCUCUUUCUGUACACCAAAGAGCACCGGAGGGCGUUCAAGGAUGAAAAUCCAAAGAUGAGCGAGACCGGGGUCACGAGAAGCUUGGCUCGGCAGUUCGGCGAGCUGUCAGAGAGGGAAAAGGAAAAGUACCGGCGGAAAGCUCAAGAAGCGCGGAAAGUGCAGGAAGAAGAAUCCGAGGAGGAAGAAGAUGAGGAUGAUGAGGCCGAUGAUGAUGAUGAAGAACCCAACAAGACAGGUGUGGGCAUGUACACCAGCCAUCAUCUGUCUGCUUACAUGGCUGAACAUGAGUUGAAAAAAACCGCAGCAACCACCCGUCUGAAGGAGGCCUGGGAGAAACUGAAGAAAAGCGAGAAGACGCAGUGGGUGCAGAAAGCUGCCGAGAGCAACAGACAGGCAAAGAGGAAACAUCUGGACAGGCAACUUCUGAAAGGUGAACCGGACAAGCCUCUCAAUAGCGGCUACCGAAUCUUCACGGCCGAGCACAUGCGCACCGAGGACAUCAAGGCCCUGCCCAGCACGGAGCGCAUCAAAGCAGUGGCGGGCAAAUGGCGCGACCUGUCCGCUUACGGCAAGAAGCGGUACGAGGCUAAAAAGGAGAAACUCAUGAAGGAAUACAAGAAGGAGAUCGACAAAUACAGAAAGAGCCUGAGCAAAGAGGACCGGGACCGGUACGACGAGCUGAAGAAGGCGGGGCUUAGCAAGUAUUCGAGGGAGGUGACCAAGAAGAAGCCCAAAGUCAAGAGAAAGAAGAAGGCUGCUGCCUCCGACGAGGAAGAAGAAGAAGAAAGCGAAGAAGAGGAAGACUCCGAUGAGGAAUCUGAGGACGACUCGUCCUCCGCGUCCUCAGGCUCCGGCUCCGAGGCCAACUCCAGCGACGCCGCCGCAUCCGGCUCGGACGAUGACGACGACGAAGAGGAGGAAGAAGAGGAGGAAGAAGAGGACGGCGAGGACGCGUCCAGUUCCGGGUCCUCCUCAUCGACGUCUGCAUCCUCCGAGGCCUCAUCGUCCUCGGAAGAGGAAGAAGAAGAAGAGGUAGAGCAGCAACCGGCCAAGGGCAAGGCUGCAAAGGGCAAAGGUCAAGCCAAGGCCAAAGAGGAAGUUGCCGUCAAGGAGGAACCCAAGGAGAACGGCGAAAAGGAAGACAGUGGGAGUUCGUCGGAAUCGGAGAGCUCAUCCAGCGAGGCUUCUUCUGAAGAAGAAUCCGAUUAAAACGUCCUUCCCUUUAAAAAUUUUUCCCCCGUCACACCCGAUGCCCGUCUUGGGAACGUUGGCGCUGGGACCCAAGAAAUUCCGAGCGCACCUCAGUUCAUGCGUUAAGCUUUUAUGUAGCGCCUUGAGGUGUUCUCAAGUUGUCUCGGGUCCCAGUGCCAAAGUUCCCAAGACUAUUGGCCACCGUUUAUAUAGCCGAUGACCCAGUCGCGAGCCUGUGGUGACACACCCACAAUGCUUUGCCUUGCCGGUAUUUCCUCCACAAAAGUUUGUGAAAGAGAUCGGCAGUCACCAGUUUGUUUUGUUUUCACAAAAGGUGCCAUUUCGAAUUCCACCCACCCGAGUGAAAAUGCUGGUGACCCCAGUUUGUGAACCUAAUUUGUUGUUUAACUUUUUACUCAAACUCUAGCUCGAAUUAUGCAAACUAAUUCAUCUGCAGGUUGAGAAUUCAUCAAGAAGGGCAGCCAUCUUGGAUUUUGUUCACUGUGUUAAUUUGUUGGAGAGUUAUACGCAUUACGCACAUGAGGUAAACUAUGACUUUUAAGAGGCUGGUACCUAGGACACGGCACAGUCGAUUACAGGGAUCUUGACUUAUGGUUCCGGGGAACCAGACCAAUAUGCUAACAACGACAUUUCUUUUUCAGGGAAUUAGAUAUCAGAAUUUUAUUCCUGUACAGACAAAAAACAGUUGAGUGUUCGAAGAAUGUUAAAACAUCUCACUAAAUUUCAGUUGACGUUGUUUUGUGUUACAAAUUUUCCAACCAACAUUUGGUUGUCUUGUUCUUGUUAAACGUUUUUCCACUCGUUUUAUCCAGGUCGAUCGUACUACCAAAACAAAAAUAUCACUGCAAGUUCAAAAUGGUGCAUAAUUUUGUGAGUUUGAAAGUCCACUAGAUGCAUAUAAUUAACUUGACCAACUUUUUAUAUAUUCACAGAAAAACCGAGCACCGUUAAAGCAUUGUUUUUGUUAUCAAGUGUUAAUUGUCAUCAUGGUCAUUACUUUUGUGAUUGUUUAUCUGUAUCAAAUGUGGAUGCGUUAAAGUUUUUUGUUUUUAACCAGGUUCAAAAAUGCCAAGGGGCCAGGUUUUCUCUUUUUAUAAACUUCAUGUAUUAAAACAUACACAUAAAUUAAAUAAAUUACACGAUUUGAGGGCAGUGUUUAUUUAUUCAAGUUUUAUUAUGAUAAAGUUAAUUCACAAGAACCCUUCCAUAUCAUAAAUGUUAUGUGCUUUUUUGGUACAUAAAUUUACAUAUAAUUUACAUAUUUUAACUUCUCUACAGAUGUACAGCGUGGUAAAUGUUUGCCGAAAUAUGGGAAAUCUUGAUAACAAUUUUUUUUUUUGGUUUGGUUAUUUCAUCAGCCAGUUGAUAAAUUUCCCAUAUUAUAUUUAUUAAUUGAAGCAGUUUCACUGAAUUUACAAGAAGUGCUUCAAGAAAAGAAGAAUUUGUCAGAAAUUUCGAUGUAGUAAAAGGCCUGUAGGUUUGAGGUUAGGUUUUUAGUUCAAGAGAGAUAAAAUGGUUGCCAUAUAUAUUCGUGUAAGUUCAAAGUUUUGAGGUUUAAACCAAAAACCUGAGAAUUCUGUAAAUUUUCAUCCAGGUUCAACGAAGAAAAAAAAAAUCCUUUCGUUUUUUGUCGUUAUUUUUUAUGCAUUGUUGCCAUUGAUUUUAAAGACUUUUUAAAAAUGUGUACGGAAAAAAAAAAUGUCUGUUGGUCCGUUGAAAAAGUGUAUUGUUAACCGUCCGUGUUUUACAUGUCAGAAAGUUGCCAAAAAAUUUGACGAGAAAAUGUUGGUUUUUAAAAUGUUUCGUGUUGUCUGAAGAAUUAAAAAAAAUGUUGCAUCACUGUGAUUUUAUUGUACUUUUGACAGAACAAAAGAAAAAAAAAGUGUUGUAUUAAAUAAAAAACAGAAGGCUUUGGACAUUUUAAAGUCCACAUUUAAA